AAAGCCUCAAGUGGUGAAAGAGUAUAGUAGACAAUAGAGUUAUGGAGCAAGAAGCAGGCUGCAUUGCUCAUGUUGUCAUCUUCCCUCUGCCAAUACAAGGCCCAAUCAACUCUAUGCUGCAGCUUGCCGAGCUCUUUUGCCUAGAAGACCUGAAGGUGACCUUCCUCAACACCAUCCACAACCAAGAACGUCUCCUUCGUUGCAGCAAUGUGCAAUCUCGUUUCGAGCAAUAUGAUGGAUUAUUCCGAUUCGUGACAAUACCUGAUGGCCUUCCUGAGGAACACCCGCGCUCCAUUGAACAAUUUGGGGACAUUAUCAGCUCCGUGCAGACGGUGGCAGAGCCUUUUCUAAGAGAUUUGUUGGUAAAAGAAAGAGUGACGUGUGUCAUACCAGAUGCUCUGUCUUAUUAUGCAGUGGAUAUUGGAAAUGAGAUGGGAGUUCCAGUUAUUCCCUUUGACACUAUUAGCCCUUCCUGUCUUUGGGUUUACUUGUGUCUCCCUAAACUCAUUCAAGCUCAACAGCUUCCCUUCAAAGGCGAUGACUUGGAUGCAUUGGUAACACAUAUUCCCCCCAUGGAAGGUCUUCUCCGACGAAGAGAUCUUCCACACUUUUGUCUCACAGAUUAUAAGACCGACCCCGAAUUCCUAGCCGCUUUGAAGGAGAUUGAACGGAUCCCACAAGCCUAUGGUCUCAUAAUGAAUACAUUUGAAUAUUUAGACGGACCUUUUCUUUCUUGUAUUCACUCUCACUCUGCCAAAACAUAUGCAAUUGGGCCAGUACACUUGCACUUGAAGACUAAACUUGCUGCAAAACAGACUCCAUCAUUGUUGUCCUCAAAUAGUUUGUGGGAAGAAGACCAAAGUUCAAUCAAAUGGCUUGAUGCACAGCCUGUGGGAUCAGUAAUUUAUGUGAGUUUUGGAAGUCUAAUAGUUGCAUCAAAGGAGGAAAUUUUGGAAUUUUGGCAUGGCCUACUAAAUAGUACAGUUAGAUUUUUGUGGGUCUUGAGGCCUAACAUAUUAAAGGGAGGCGAAACGGAUUAUAAGUUCAUGAAGGAGCUUGCAGAAGGUUGCCAGGAAUAUGGUUACAUAGUGAGUUGGGCUCCACAAAAAAGGAUACUAGCCCACCCAGCUAUUGGAGGAUUUUUAACCCAUAGUGGAUGGAACUCGACCUUGGAAAGCAUUGUUGAGGGAAAGCCUAUGAUCUGUUGGCCUCACAAUGUGGACCAGAGAGUCAAUAGUAGAUUAGUAAAUAAAUUAUGGCAAAUUGGGCUGGAUAUGAAGGACUGUUGUGACAGAUUCACUAUAGAGAGAAUGAUAAAGGAUCUGAUGUGUACAAAAAGGGAUGAGUUCAAGAAAUCGGCUGGGAAUUUAUCAAAAUUGGCAAAACAAAGUGUUGGAGAAGUGGGGUCAUCGACUCAUAACCUUGAAUCUCUCAUCAAGGACAUUAAAGGAUUGAUUAGAACUAAAGAGAAUGUUGAAACAUAAGAUUAUAGAUGCUACUUAUUCAAUAUGAAAUAUGUUAAUUUGUGCUAAACUGGUGUUUUCCCAUUUCUGUUGCCGAAUAGUAGGUACAAUCAGUUUCACAUGGAGGUCUAAGAUUUAAUUUGUCAUUUUGUCUUUUUCAGCUUCCACCAUUUCUCUCUUUUGUGAUAAAAAAAGUUCUACUUUUUUCACGGAAGAAACAAAAA